AAGGAGAGCACAACAACAACGGCGCUGAAAUUCGCUCCUCCAUCCACGCACUUCACAACGAACACUGCCACACCCACCCUCACCCUCACACACCUCUUCCAGUUGCCUUGCUUUGCUGACCUUGAGCAGACGACGCCUGCGGGGGCUGGCUGGGCUUCGCUGUGUGCGUGUGUGAUCGCAGCAUGUCCAACUUGCAGUGGGGCUGUAAGAUGCACUCGAAACACUUUGCUGCCCCUCUCACUCCAGAGGAGUGUGUGGACACCAUCAAGAAGGAUGACCUCUUCUUCGUCUUUGAAGAGGCCUGCAUAUCCUGGAAGCCGCCCAAGUACCGCGUGAAGCACCAGAUCAAACUGGACCAGUCCGAGUGCGGCCUCAUUCUCACAGACUACUCAACAGAGGAAAAACGGUACCUGCCAAUCGAGCAGAUCUCGGACAUCCGCAGCAACCCGUUCACCGACGAGGCUACGGGCACGGUCAAGGAUGAGGAGCUGCCCCUCUUCCUGUGCAUCGCCUUCUACAAGGGAACGCGUGAUCUUGUCAAUGUCCACUACCUCAGCCUCAUCGCCAAGAGCGAGAAGACAGCCCAGAUCUGGCGCGUUGGCCUGCAUCGCUUGGUGUCGCAGAACACUUGGAACUCACCGCGUCCCGUCACCAUCAAGGACCAACAGCGGUGGAUGUAUGCGGAGUGCGCUGCCCAGGCGCGAAAGGGCCGCCUUGCCGUAUCAGACCUGGUGAACUCCGUGUCCAAGGACACGAAGCAGCAGGCGAUGGCGAUGUUGGAGGCCAACGGUGUUGACGUGGAUGGCGACGGUCGUUUCGAUGCAGCGGAGCUCACCUUCCAGCGCUACCAGGACUUCCUUGGCCGCGUGUAUGUGCGGGAGGAUCUCAAGUAUGCGCUGUGCGACCUCGCCGAUUCCGACGACGGUGAUACCGUUGAUCUUGAUGCGACCAUGCCCCUGCAGAAGCUUCAGUCGUUCCUCUCACAAGACCAGCGCGACCCGCGCCUGAACGAGGUGCUGUCGCCGCUGCCGACGCGCGAGGACUGCAUCGAGAUUAUCGACGAAUACGAGCCCAGCCAGGAGAACCGUGCAAAUGAGGUCAUCUCACUGCGUGCUCUCAACGACUUCCUGAUGGACAACCUGCAAUAUGGCUGGGCGCGUGAGUCACGCCACGCGUCUGUGUAUCACGACAUGACGCGCCCGCUUGCCCACUACUUUAUCAACUCCUCCCACAACACCUACCUCACUGGUGGGCAGUGGCAGUCCAAGUCGACCUUCGAAGUCUACCGCCAGUGCCUCCUUGCAGGAUGCAGGUGCGUUGAAGUCGACAUCUGGGACGGGCAGGACGGCGAGCCGGAGGUGACGCACGGCCACACCAUGUGCACGCGCGUGCCAUUCAAGGGUGUGAUCCAGGCCAUUGCUGACUUUGCCUUUGUCAACAACCCCUUCCCCGUCAUCCUCAGCUUCGAAAACCAUUGCAGUCCUCCACAGAUGCGAAAGAUGGCUGCAUAUUGCAAAGCAACUUUCGGAGAUCUCCUUCAAAAGGAGUUUAUGGAGGGCGAUGGGUAUGAAACACUUCCAAACCAGCUGCCGAGCCCCGAGGCGCUCAAGUACAAGAUCAUCAUCAAGAACAAGAAGCGCAAGCAGCGAGAUGACGGCUCACAUGAAGCGGACAUGCACCCCAACGAGGCCGAGACAGCGAAGGCGUACAACCGCGAGCUCAUCAUUGACGGCGAAGUGAUUGAGGACGACGAGGAAGAAAUCAAACGUAUCAAGGAACGCUCCGGGGAGAUUGCAAAGGAGCUGUCAGACCUCGUCAACUACUGCACCCCAUAUCACUUCUCGAACUUUGACGUGGCGCGGGCCAACAACAACUGCUACCACAUCUCGUCCUUCUCCGAGAAGAAAGCGCUUCGCCUCGUCACCGGUAAACCAGAGGAGUUUGUUGACUACAACAAGAUGCAGCUGUCACGCAUCUAUCCUCAGGGCACCCGCAUCAACUCCACCAACUUCAACCCCCAGGCGUUCUGGAAUGUUGGCUGCCAGCUCGUCGCUCUCAAUUGGCAAACAAACGACAUGCCCAUGCAGCUGAAUUUUGGCAAGUUUGAGGACAAUGCUCGCACCGGGUUUCUGCUGAAGCCAGCGCUGUACACUGAGCCGUCCAAGACGUACAACCCGUUCAACCGGCUCCCCAUCGACGAUGUUGUGCCCCUCAACGUCAGCGUGAAGGUUCUCUCUGUUUACGGCGUUGCCAGAAAGAGCGGCAGCCCAUAUGUGGAGGUCCAGUUCUUCGGCAUUCCUGCAGACAGCAAGAAGUUGCAGUUCAAGACACGCGCCUGUCGCGGUCGCGGCUUCAACCCGCGGUGGCGCGCAGACAACGAAUUCACUGCACAGCGCCUCGUGCUGCCGAGUCUCGUGCUUGUGCGCUUCGCUGUCUUUGACAGCCGUGACGGCGACUGCAUUGGCUGGGACGUCAUUCCCCUCACCUCCCUCCGCUCAGGAUUCCGCUACAUUCCUCUGCGGAACGGAGUGACACGUCUCACGUCCAUCUUCACCAAGAUUGACAUCAGCAUCUUUGCGCUCUCAGAGCACGCAGACUUUGCGGAUAUCCUCGUCAACCCGCUUGAUGCAUGCAAGCCCUCUGAGCGGAACCUGAUGGAGAUGUCUGAGCUUCUCGCUGCAGAUGAGGGCGAGGAAGAGGAAAACAACGAUGUGCUCGGGUCACUCAGCAUCAGUGCCGCCACAAACGGCGGUGACAAGUCCCCAGCCAUUCUCCGAAAGUCCACCGUCAUGCCACAGGGCGGUAGCACCACAAGGCUGAGGAUUCAAGAGCUCGCCGACUCGUUUGAGCGGGAUCUUGCUGAGCACAUUCGCGACAUGCACAAGUCGUUGCAAGAGCGAACAGCACAGCUGGCGCAGCACAAGCAAGUCCUUCAGCUGAAAGCGUCAUAUGAGAAGGCCGUCGCCAAGCGGCAGAAAGAGCGCGGGAAGAAAUGCGCAGACGUUGAAAAAAACGCGAAAGCGCGCGUGCAGAAGACGCACAAGCAGUUGUGCAAGCAGCUGAAGGCCUUGCGCAAGGCCAACAAGGAUGGCGAGCAAACGCCAGAGUUCAAGAAGCUGCUGGAGGAUGGGUUCAAGCAGCUGCUGCAACUUGAGCUGGAGUUCCACCAAGGCGUGCACGAUCUCCACGUGCACCACCUGAAGACGUGUUGCUACGCCCUCUCCAGCAAGCACCACGACUCUGUGGCGGCUGUGAUGACAAAGGUGUUGGCCAAAUAUCACGCGGAGGAAGAAAAGGCCUUCAAGAAGACGCUGCAUGCGAAGUGGAGCCACUCCGACUCCCACCUGAAGAAGGGUGAUAAGGACAUGCGAGAGGAGCACGAGAAGCGCAUGGAACGCGCGGCAGUGCAGCAGACGCAAGUCCUCAAGCACCUCAUCCAACAAGACAUGGACACGUUCAGGAAGAAGUUGGAUGACAACAAGUCCAAGCUGGAUCAAGAUUUCCAGCGGGAGCUGGACGAUGCACAGAAUCGGUUUCAAGAGCUGACGGCGACACUGCAGCAGCUGAUGCAGGCCGGCUACCAUGCGGACGAGAACAGCAUCAAGUGGGAUGCGCUCUCCGCUGUCGAGUACGUGAAGACGCUGCAAGAGAUUGGCCGCCUCAAUGCCACGCUGUUGAAGGACGCGCAGCUUCCAGCUGCCAUCUGAGCACCCGUGUGAUGUGCGACACAUGCAUGUGUGGGUGCUUGCUUGCGCCUUGCUUGCUGGCUUUUCUGUUUCGCAUCAUGUUUGCAUUGUAUGACUGUUGCGGUUGCUGCUGGCUUCUUGCUGUUACACGGAUACCCCGGUUUCAUUUUCAAUAGAGACGUCGGUACAUC